CCAAAAUCCAGUACUUUCAUUCAGUCGCUAGAAAUCUGGGAGUAACUUCUCACUCGCACGCAAUCAUAUAAUUUCAUAUUCCCGUCUUAACAAACGGAUUAAAAUUUAAUCAUGUGGCCCACUCUUCGUAAACCCAUUUACAAGUUUAGAGGGCCGCUGAAGCGUUAUGGAAGUGGAUAUUCAGGCGGCACUCCUGGAGUGAAUUUACCCUUUGGCUUGGAUAGUCCGAUGCGCUUCUCACUGUUUUACCUGAUUGCGGGAAUCGUGGGCUUUGGAGCUCCAUUCCUAGUGAUUCGCCACCAGAUGCUUCGUAAUGUAACCGAGGAUCCCAAGGAGGAAUAAUCCCAAAUGACAUAAGACACUCGUUAAUAAACUAAUAAAAUACAUUGCACAUGAAA